AUGGCUGCCACAAGGGACUACUUUGUUGUUCUUGCCAAGAAACGGGCUAUCCGCGAAUCUGAGGUCCCAUCAGUGGUGCCUAAUUACCCGGAUACGAUGUCUCCAGUAAAUGAGAAAAUUCAGUUCUAUCGUCUAGGGCCGGGUUUCGACACUACUCCACUGGUGCUCUUCCGGCAUGUUCCGAUAUGUCACCCCCCAAGCCCUCAUCACCAAUUCGUCAACCCCGAUCCAGUAAAGGAGAAAGCUUUUCGCAAAGAUCAGACACAGUUUCCUAAGAAUCCCCUUGCUGCAACAAGACAAUCCACAAGGCUAUCAUCCAGGUCCCAGAGCACCAGGCAAACGGCUAUUGUACAUCAUAGAGGAAAAGGACCAGUCGAUGAAGACAUCCUAUUCCUGGAUGAGGAAGAGCAUAAAGAAGAAGAAGCCCAAGGGAAACAAAUCGGCGAAGAUGAAGAAGAAGAAGUCCCUCUUAUCAGAAAAUGCCGACUGUCACAAAGUCCUCCUGCUGACACUCAGAAAAAACAGAAAUCAGAUGCGGGCAUAGUUGCUCUUCAGCUUCCACCUAUAUUAUCUACUCCUACUCCGUCAGCUUCAACAAUCAGACUGGGUCUCCAAGCUCCAACCUGCUAUCGUCAGCUGCACUCCGAGCCAGGCUGGCCGCUGUAUGACCAAGCUGGUGCCAAGUUGAUGGAUACUCACUCAGCAUGGGGAAAAGUGGUGGCCGCUCUGAAACAACUGAUGAUCGAUGCCGGUGCAGGAUCCAUUCCAGAACAUUCUGGUGAAUCGAAGGGUGAGUAA